AUGGGAGGAAAAAAUGAUAAAGAAGAUGAGGAGGAAGGUGAAAAAGAAUGCGAGGAAGGAGAUGAAAAUGAAAGUGAUGAAAGAGAUGAUACUGAAAGUGAGGAAGGAGAUGAAGAUGUUGUCAAAAUUUUUAAUAUUGACAAGUUUCAUGUAGAGAUGCCUAUAGAUGACCCUACAAAUUUGACAGGUGAUUUUGUUGUAAAAUCAGUCAUGGGCGCCAAAUUUGAUGCUUUUAGAACGAUAUUGAUGAAUGAAAAGUUGGAGGAUUUCUUUAAAUCUAGCUGUUUUGGAUACUUUCUUGAUUUGCCGGAGGCUAACAAUGCACGUUUUCAAAUGAGCAUGGUGUAUGAUCUUCUCAAGCACAGGAUCAAGUAUAAGGGAGCUGAUGAUGAUGCUUUGGAGGAUAAGAACAAGAAAAUGGAUGAGAUUUGGAUAAACUACUGUGGCAUGCCAGUUUGUUUUGGCAUGAAAGAAUUUGCCAUAGUGACUGGACUGAGAUGUCAUCCUCCUUCUGAACCUCUUCCUAAAGUUGCACGCUUAAGAAAGCCAAGAGAAAAAAAGAUAUCUAAAUCAGUCAAGGUUGGCAAGAAAGGUAAUAGGUCAGUCAAGACAAUCAACACCAAAACCAACAAAGGCAAAGAAAAACUAAAUAAUGAAAAUGAGUUGUUGGCUAUUAUUGGACCUAGUUAUAAAGCCAAAGAUUUGAUAGAAGAUCUCCAGAGCAAAAAGGUUUUGAAGAAGCACAAAGAGCGAAUGUGCUUAGUUUGGUUUGUGCAUGCCAUUUUAUGGGCCAAAGACAUCAACAAUGUCAUAGAUCUUAGUUUGUUUGUGCUUGCUCAAGAUUUGGAUGCAUUCAACAAUUACCCAUGGGGUAAUGAUAGUUAUUUCUUGACUGUCGAGUAUUUGGUGUCAAAGUUAUCACCGAAGACUAACAAUUUAUAUGGCUUUCCUUGGGCUUUCAUGGCUUGGGCAUUUGAAGCAAUACCUUACCUCAGGAAGCAAUUCAAUGAUUACUCAAAAGAAAUUUCUCAACCAAGGAUUCUUAGGUGGUUGUCUUCCAAGAACAACCCAAAAAUAAAUUAUGUUGAUCUCCUCGAUCCUCCUUAUGAUAUAAUGGAUGACCUAUCUGCUGCAACAUAUGAGUCAUCUGUUGUAAGAAAAUUUGAUCAUUUGCUACUGUUUUGCUUUCUUCCAAUAGAUGGCCCAUCUGUUGCAACAUAUGGGUCAUCUAUUGUACAUCCAUGGCUUGUUCCCACAAAGCAAGAGUUGCAAAUGCCAUUCUUUUUAACUCUAGGAAUUAUUGACACAAAAUCAGACCCUACAGUGGAUCUGAUAAAAAAAGAAUUGACUGGAGCAACAACGAUCAGAAAGGAAGCACCUAUUGUUUCUGGUGAUGCUGAUGAUCUUGCAUUAGAUGUUGAUGUUGAUGCUAAUAUUGGUGUUGAUAUUGGUGAUGCUGGUGCUAAAGUGGUUGUGAGCAUGUUGAUGAUGUUGUGCUCAUGUUCUGCAUGUAAAUGUGAAGAAUGCAAGAACAAAGAGGCUCAGUUAAUAUCUACUGGUGAAGAUGUGAAGAAGUCUCUUGAUACUCUUACUAGUGUUGUUAAGGAAUUGAUAUCUAAGAGAUGUGUUAUUCCAUCAAGAAAAAUUUCGGAGCCAUUCACACCAUUGAAGAUUAAAAGGAGAAGAAAAUCAAUUUCCAAGAUAUUAUCAAAUAUGAAAAAAAGACAACAAAUUGCAACUAAUCCCCUUCCUUGCAAUGUUGAGUCAUCUUCAGGAGCCAUAGAAGAGCAACAGAAGUUGUAG